AUGAAGAAAAAUUUAGUGAUUGAGACUGAUCAGUCCAUUCCACUUCAAUAAACUAUAUUUCGUAAUGGUGUCUCUGCUCUGCCAUUACUAGCUAAGAAGAAUAGCAUGGGUUUGGCAUUAGAGAAUAUCCCAAGAACAUAGACUUUUUCAAGAUAGAUGCAGCAAUCAUGUCAUAAUGAUAGUGUAUAAUAAUCUCGAACUCCAACAAUGAAAAAUGAUUCCUUUUAUGGUAAUAUAUUUAGGAAACCAACUGUUAUGAAAAAACCAACUUUUACUUUAACAAAACCUGAGAGUGACUUUAAUUGGCCACUUUUCAAAAUCAGGAAUGAUCCAUUAAUUAAGUAAUUUUGGGAUAGAAGAGCAAAUAAAGACAUGGAAAAGAAUUGGGUAUUUGAUGAAUACAUUUUUGCAGGUAAUAUGUUAAGAAUUGGAAAAAAAAAAAAGAUUGUCAAGGGUUAUUUUUAUAGAUUGACGAGUUGUGGUUUACUAAUGUACUAUAAGAAAGAAUCAGACACACUACCAAAAGGCUUCCUAUAAUUGAAUAUGAAGAUCAGAAUAGUUGUAAGUUUUCAAAAGACAAAAAGAAAUCUAUAAUUACCAGUGUUGUAUUUAGAAAGGAAUUAAGGCAUUGGAAUUACUAUUUUUGAUCAUUUAAUUGAUCAAACAUUAAAAUUAGGAGAAUGCAUUCAAUAAUUUUGUUUAAUGAGAGGGUUUAAUGUGUUGUAUGAAUAAUUAGAAUUACUAGGAAGUGGUGCUUUUGCAUCAGUUUAUAAGGUAAGUAGGAAAAGAGAUGAAAAGUAUUUUGCUGCAAAAACCUAUUUCAAAUAGUUUUAUGACGAUCAUUCACACAAAGAUAGAUUGCUUUCAAUGGUUUACAAUGAAAUUACAACUCUUAAAAAUGUUGAUCAUUAAAAUAUUAUGAAACUUUAUGAGGUUAUCUAAGAAAAAGAUAGAUUGAUAUUAAUAAUGGAAUAUUGUGCUGGAGGAACAUUAUACUCAUAUGUGAAAUUAAAAGUUAAAUUUAACGAUAAGCACUAUGCUUACAUGUUAAAGUAAUUAUGUGAUGCUCUAUAUGAGAUGCAUAGAUUGAAUUUUGUACAUAGAGAUCUCAAAUUAGAAAAUAUUAUGUUAGAAUCAAAAGACUAUUUAUAAAUUAAAUUAGUUGAUUUUGGCUUCUCUGAAGUUAUUAAUGAAAAAUAAUUGGUAAGUUAGGCAGGAACUCCUGGUUUUCUACCUCCAGAAAUAUUCAGAUAAAUCCCUUAUACUGCUAAAAGUGAUAUCUUUAGUUUGGGUGUAAUUAUGUAUUUGAUUGUUGCUGGAUAUAUGCCAUUUAAAGCACCAACUGCCACAUAAAUCUUGGAGUUAAAUAGAAAAUGCCAAGUUAAUUUUGAAAAGCCUCCUUGGUAAGAUGUUAAUCCAGAUUUGAAAUACUUAAUAAAAAAGAUGAUUGAAUAUAAAAUUGAGGAUAGAAUAAGCUGCUAAGAUAUUUUAGACAGUCCUUAUAUUCUACAUCAUUCACGUCAGACUUCAGAAACUAAUUAUAAAUCAAACUAAAUGUUAAGUGGACUUGAAUUGGAUAAGUGUCAUAGACAAUCAAUGAAAAGUAUUAAAUAGUCUGAAUAAUCCAAUGAUAGAAGUAAAGAGUUUUAAUUGGAUUUUUCAAUUCAUACCAAUGAUAUUAAAUCUCUAUAUUAAAGAAAUUCUUAAAAAACUAAUAAAUCUAACAGAUCAAUAAAUUCUUUAGCUAAAAACUCAUCAUAAAAAAAAAUAUCCAGAUCAGUGCCUAAAGAAUGUCAGCACUCCAAAUUUUAGAGUCAAAAAAAAAUGGAGGACUUGGAAUCGCAUAAAAGUCAGAGCAAAAAAUAGAGCUCUUUUGGAGAUGUUAUGAUAUGUAUGUCAUUUGAUUAUGAUUAAAGUAGAGCAGGAGCAAAAGAUUAUAAUGUUUGA